AUGGACCGGAUCAUCGGUGGAAAGUACAAGCUUGGCCGGAAGAUCGGCAGUGGAUCCUUCGGUGAAAUUUAUCUAGCUACUCAUAUCGAUACGUUUGAGAUCGUUGCUAUUAAGAUCGAGAACACUAAAACAAAGCAUCCGCAAUUGCUUUACGAGGCGAAAUUAUAUAAUAUUCUACAAGGAGGAAGUGGUAUUCCUAGCAUCAAAUGGUCGGGUGUAGACGGGGAGGACAAUGCACUUGUUCUUGAUUUGUUAGGACCGAGUCUCGAGGACCUGUUUGUGUAUUGUGGGAGGAAAUUCUUACUCAAGACUGUGUUAAUGUUGGCUGAUCAAAUGAUUACGAGAAUAGAAUAUGUGCACUCCAAAGGAUUUCUGCAUAGAGAUAUAAAACCUGAUAACUUUCUCAUGGGUCUUGGCCGGAAAGCAAAUCAGGUUUACAUAAUUGAUUUUGGGCUUGCAAAAAGAUAUCGAGACGCAACAACCAAUCGUCAUAUUCCAUAUAGGGAGAACAAAAAUUUGACAGGAACUGCACGAUAUGCCAGUUGCAAUACUCAUCUUGGAAUUGAACAAAGUAGGCGGGAUGAUUUAGAGUCUCUUGGCUAUGUGCUGAUAUAUUUUUUGAGAGGAAGUCUUCCAUGGCAGGGUUUAAAAGCUGCCACGAAGAAGCAGAAAUAUGACAAAAUAUGUGAAAAGAAGUUAUCAACUCCAAUUGAGGUUCUGUGCAAAUCUCAUCCCGUGGAGUUUGCUUCGUAUAUGCAUUACUGCCAUUCUCUGACUUUUGAUCAACGGCCUGAUUACGGAUUCUUGAAGCGUUUGUUUCGUGAUCUAUUUGCCCGUGAAGGAUAUGAAUCUGAUUAUGUGUUUGAUUGGACAAUGAUAAAGUAUCAGCAGGCACAAAAGAAUAGAGUUCAACCUCGACCAUUGCCAAUUCCUGGGGCAAGUAGUAGUCAUGUGGUGCAGACAGAUAUGGAGAAUCAUCAAGGAAGUCAUAAUGUCCCUUAUUCAUCUGAGGUCAUACGAUCUACUGGCCCUGGCGUACGGAUGCAAUUCAAAUCAACAAUGGGCAAGAAUUUGAGUUCUGAUAUUCAUGCCGACAAGAAUAUUGUGAGCGAACACAUGCCCUCCACAUCAUUUCAACUUGGUGGGACAUCAAAAAGACAUGCCCCAAAACCCAUUAUGCCUACUGAAAGUUCUAACCCUGCUCAUGGACACGGCAAUAAAAUCGGUCCUUCUAGUAGCUGGAUUUCAUCAUUGCAACGUAUUCAUUCUGGAAACAAUGGAUCUGGUCUAGAGGUUUCUUGUGAUGUAUCUAUUGGAGGCAGCAAAUCUUUGGUGAUUUGGAGUCAUGGUUUCACCCUCCACCCGCCUGCAUUUGAGAUGAGGUUUGCUGAAAAUCAUAAGUUUAUUCAGUUCUAUCAUGUUGAUGCGAGCAAGGAUUUUUUUUCUCCCACAGCAUUCAAAGGAAUGAAUAUAACUGGGAACUGUUAUGGAGGGAUUGCAUUUGAAGAUCGUAAAACAUAUGGCUCUGGAUGUUUGCGGCUACUUGGGUUGGAAGAGGCUGCCUAA